UUGAUUUGAGCAGAGAGAGUGGAUUGAGUCAAAUAUUUCUAAAUACUUUCAGUUUUUAAAAGGUUUUCUCGAUUUUUAUUUAGAACCAACAGCAGGAACCAGAUCCGGUUUUUCUUCCUGUUUCAGGUUUUUAAAGAUGAAGGUCAUCAUGAAGCUUCUGGGAGUUUUCUCCAUCCUCGCCAUGACUCAAGCCUACCCGGUCAACUUCACCGUGCAGACCGCAGGCCCCGUCCCGGUGAACGCCAGCCUCACCGUGCACGCCCAGAUCCCUGUCAACUCCAGCGGUCACAUCCGAGGCCUCUGCGACUUCAAGAAGCAGAACUGCUCCCCCAGAAUCGGAGCGCAGUGCCCCCAGUGUGCCGCCGACGGGAACUUCCUGCCGGAGCAGUGCUCCAGCUCCACCGGGUACUGCUGGUGCGUGAACGUCAUCACCGGAGAGCUCAUCCCCAACUCCACCGUCCCACCGGGACACAUGCCUCCUAAAUGUGGUUCAUCCAGUGAAGAGGAUUCAGACUCGGAUUCAUCAAGUUCAGAAGAGAGCAGCAGCAAAGAUGGAUCCGAUUCAUCAAGCUCAGAAGAGACCAAAGAAGAGAAGGACUCUGACUCAUCAAGCUCAGAAGAGACCAAAGAAGAGAAGAAUUCUGAGUCAUCAAGCUCUGACGAAUCCAAGAAGACUAAGGAUGGAUCUGAUUCUUCCAGUUCAGAAGAGACCAAAGAAGAGAAGGACUCUGAUUCAUCAAGCUCUGACGAAUCCAAGAAGGAAAAGGAUGAAUCCGAUUCUUCCAGCUCAGAAGAGACCAAAGAAGAGAAGGACUCUGAUUCAUCAAGCUCUGAAGAGACCAAAGAAGAGAAGGACUCCAAAUCAUCAAGCUCUGACAAGUCCAAGAAGCAUAAGGAGGAAUCUGAUUCUUCAAGCUCAGAAGAGACCAAAGAAGAGAAGGACUCUGACUCAUCAAGCUCUGAAGAGACCAAAGAAGAGAAGGACUCCGAUUCUUCCAGCUCUGACGAGUCCCACAAGCACAAGGAUGAGUCUGAUUCUUCAAGCUCAGAAGAGACCAAAGAAGAGAAGGACUCUGAUUCAUCAAGCUCAGAAGAGACCAAAGAAGAGAAGGACUCUGAUUCAUCAAGCUCUGACGAAUCCAAGAAGGAAAAGGAUGAAUCUGAUUCUUCCAGCUCAGAAGAGACGAAGGAAGAGAAGGACUCUGAUUCAUCAAGCUCUGAAGAGACCAAAGAAGAGAAGGACUCUGAUUCAUCAAGCUCUGACGAAUCCCACAAGCACAAGGAUGGAUCUGAUUCUUCCAGCUCAGAGGAGACCAAAGAAGAGAAAGACUCAAGCUCUGAAGAGACUAAAGAAGAUAAAGACUCUGAUUCAUCAAGCUCUGAAGAGACUAAAGAAGAUAAAGACUCUGAUUCAUCAAGCUCUGAGGAGAACUCGGGCUGUCCUGAGGACUGGACCCGCUUCGGCGAGCAGUGCUUCAUCUUCGUCGACAGCUCAAAGUCGUGGGCCGAAGCAGAGUCCUACUGUCAGUUUGACGGGUCCAACCUGGCGUCGAUCCACAGUUACGAGGAGAACCACUUCCUGCAGUCUCUGACCCGAGGAGACACCCAUCACUUCCCCCAGGCCUGGAUCGGAGGGACGGACACCAUGCAUUUGGGUUUGUGGACCUGGUCCGACGGCUCAAAGUUUCUCUAUGAAAACUGGAGCGACGACGGCAAAGAUGGAGAGUCUGACCGCUGCUUGAAGAUCAACUACCACUACGAGCUGAAGUGGACGGCGGCUCGCUGCUCCGAGUCCCUCCCUUUUGUCUGUUCCAAGAACGCCGAAAAGGAGAACGAGGCGUAACGGUAGAAACCUGAGAGUCCUCACCACCACCAACCUUUCAACCUCUGGCUGAAGACUUUACUCAUUAUUUUAACUUCAUGAUAUGUAAUCCCAAAGCGAGACAGGUGUGUCCUUUCCAACAGGAGGAAGAGGAUUGUAUGAGAUAGACGUGUAGAAAC